AUGGAUCUGCUUUCGACUAUCCGCAAGACCGGCUCCAGAGGUGGCGUAAACUUUAGCUGGGACGAAGUCGCCAACUCCAACCACCGCGAAAACUAUCUCGGCCACAGCCUCAAGGCGCCAGUUGGACGAUGGGCCAAGGGCCGGGAUUUGAACUGGUACGCUAAGUCGGACGCCACAGCGGCAGAAUCGGCCGAGACAGACGAAGAGCGCAAAGAUCGCGAACAAAAAGAAGAGCUGCGCAAGAUCAAGGAGGCGGAAGAAGACGCAAUCGCCAAAGCACUGGGUUUGCCGCCUCCUCUACGAAACUCAUCCGGAGCGAAUGCUAUCGAAGUUGAGCCCAAGCGACAAGUAGGAGAGAGCGAAGAAGACACAGAAGUAGGAGCAGGAGCAGGAGUCCUGAUAGGCGACGCGAUAGAGACUACCGACGGCGCAGUCGUGAUCGAGCUGAGGGACGGGACGAACGCGACCGAGAUCGGGAUCGUGAGCGCCGACACCGCCGACAUCGCGACAGGAGUCGAAGCAGAGAUCGGCGAGACAAUAGGCGAGAAGAUCGGGAAGAUGGGAAAGGCGAUAGGCGAGGCGAAAGACGACAGAGAGACAGGAGCAGGCAACGACAUCGAUCUCGAUCCAGGGAACAUAGACGACGAAGCCCUGGGCCAAGCUCGCGCCGAGAAGAUUAGACUGGAAGACAUGUCAUGUUUACUGGCGUUUGGUACUUGA